CAAAGAAUUACUGAGGAGUGCUGUCACCAAAUAUUCACCACAUUUUAAAGAAUUACGAAGAGAGGUGAAAUAAAUGUAUUUUAUUUUUAAAAGCAAUAUACAUAUUUUGUACUUCAAAUCAAAGUAAAUAUGUGGUUGUAAUUUUCAUUGAUCUCCAAAAAGCAGUGGAAAAAAAAUUGGCUCCUGAGGAUUUGGGAAGCAUUUAAUGGAGACCUACAGUAUACUCGCGGUAACGUGAACUUACGAUUUUAUGAACAACUCAUUAAUGUGAACACCAAUAUUUUUCUAAGUUAAUUCUAUAGUGUGAACAAACCCAUAUUUCGAUAAAUUAAGAAAUUUUAAUAGAACUUUAGUAAUCCUGUUGAAACGUUGUUUGGUCAUUUAGUUGAUGUUUAUUAGAUAAGAGAGAGUGUCGCAUCUUGCGCAGUGGCCUUUUAAAAUGGUUAAAAUUAAUAAGAAGUGUUUAACUCUUCAUGAGAAAUCAAAAAUUUUGAAAGAGCACAAAAAUGGUAUGAGUGUUACUGUACUAGCAAAGAAAUAUCAAAUAGCAAAAUCAACUAUUUUUGCAAUUAAAAAUAAAGAAUAAAAAAUUCUAAAAGUUGUUGGAGAGAGUUUAAGACCUAAUAAAAUAAAAAAAUGCACUUUAAAAAGUGCAGAAAACCACAAGAUGGAAACUUUGCUGUAUAAAUGGUUCACUAAACAGCGUGAACGAAAUUUCCCAGUUACGGGUGAUAUGCUUAAAAAAAAGGCUCUAGAUUUACAUAGAAAAUUAAAACUCAACGAUAAAUUUAAUGCAAGCGAUGGAAGGCUUCAAAAAUUUAAAUGACGAUAUGGUAUAAGGCUGCUUAAAAUUGCAGGUGAAAAGUUGUCCUCGCAGCCUCACCUUUUAAAUCCCUUUAUUGAAGGCUUAAGAAAAAAGAUGAAGCAGCUUAAUAUUAGUGAAGAUCAAAUUUAUAAUGGAGAUGUGACGGGAUAUAUUGGAAGUUAUUGCCAGAUAAAACCUAUGUUGCAAUUUUUGAAAAAACGGCGCCUGGUCUAAAAAUAGCUAAACAAAGAAUAACUCUUUUGGGGUGCACAAAUGCUACAGGAUCACACAAACUAACGCCUUUAGUACUAGAAAAAGCAAAAUCACCCAGAUGUUUUAAAGGAUUUGAUAAUCCAGUCAUCUAUAAAAGCACUAAAAAUGCCUGGAUGACGCAGGAAAUGUUUAAAAAUUGUUUUUUUAAGCAUUUUGUUCCAGAGGUUAAAUCAUUUUUACAAAGCAAAAACCUUCCUUUAAAAGCCGUUCUUUUGUUAGACAACGCCCCUUCGCAUCCACCGGCAGAAGAAUUAAAAACUUCUGAUGGACACAUUUUUGUUGUCUACAUGCCCCCAAAUGUUACACCAUUAAUUCAACCAUUAGACCAAAAUAUUUUGCGAAUAACCAAACUAUUUUACAGAAAAGGCCUAUUAAGUUCAAUUGUAUCAAAGGGUCAAGGAGUAGCUGAGGCCCUAAAAGUUAUAACUUUAAGAGAUGCUAUUAUGCAAUUGCAUAUGGACUGGCAAAAAAUAGAGCCUUCAGUAAUUUCAAAAUGUUGGAAUAAUAUUUUCGGAAAAAAUUUGGAGGAGGAUGACCUAUCUUUAGCUCGACUAAAAGAGAUCUGGGAAAAUGAUGUUAGAGCAGCUACAGUUAAUGAAACCAUUACAUUGCUUCGAACAAUUGAACAGAUUGAUUAUAAUCACAAACACAUUGAGGAAUGGAAUACAGACGCAGUGGAGGAAAAUCUCGAUAGCAAUGAUUCAGAAGAUAGUGUCUGCGAGGUAUUAACUUUUGAAGAAAAAAAAGUUACGCAUUUGGAGGCUCUUGCAGCCUUGAAAAUUGCCACACAAUGGGCCAAUCAAAACUAUGUCGACAUAAAGGACAUUAUUACAAUAAAAGGUUUAGAAGAAAAGGCUGUAGCCUUAAACCUGUCGCAAAAAAAAGUACAAACAAAAAUUACAUCUUUUUUUAAAUAAAACUUUUGUAUAAUGCUUAAUUAACUGUAAUAAAUAAAUGUAUAAAUAAAUACAAACUAAGUCGAAAUUUUUUGAGUUCACAUUAACGCGAGCCUACUGUAUUUCAAAACAGAUCACAUUGUACACUAAAUUAAAGUAAAACAGAUAGCACGGACAAUUAUGCGGGUCUAAAAUAAAAAUACUUUAAAUUUAUUGAUGAUACAGCAUUUUUGUAUUAUCUAAUAGUUACCCUGAAGAACAAGAAUCGGUAAUACAUAAAUAAUACCUUUGUGUUUUCAAUAGAGCUGAGCUGCCAAUAAAAUCAGCAGCUAUACACAAACUAAUUCUUAGAUAGAGCGUUUACUUGGU